UGAGGACAUAGCUAUUUGUAUGUAUACGUAAUGAAAAUGAGGAAAUUUUGUGGACUGAACGUGGGGCUUGUGGGCCUACUGGGUAGUCUCCCUCUUUGCCUGGUUGGUAAUCCCGCCUUGAACCUAAAAUACGCUCGAGAAAUUCGCUGGUGGUAAACAGAGGAAAACGGCUAGCCCGGUUGUGCCUUGAGAAGACAACAUCCAGUAACUAUCCCGGAGAUUGCACUGGUUGCCCGACAACCUCGCCAUGACAACAAGAAGUACUUAGCUCCCAUUAAAACCACAAUUUUUUGACGCAUUUUUUAUACGUAUUAAAAACAAGCUAAAGCUGUUAGUCAGUGCGCUCUAGAAGUGGUUGUUUGUGUAUUUUGUUACUUUCGGGCAGUGUCAGGUUAGCAGUUGCCUCAUAGGCUACUAAUCUUUUUCUAAACGAAGGCUAAGCUACCUUUAAUACAAAGCUUAAACUACUACAACUGCGUAUUUGUAUUUUAGCGAGUAUAUUAUUUUAUUUUGAAGGCAGAAAGCCCUGUGUUCCGGUAUUAUCCCGCCUCUCUCCGGUGGGCUUCACGGUAGUCAGCAGUACAAACGCCCGCUCCUGCACUCCGCAAGAGUAGGCUGUAGACCGUUGGAGGGCUGCAGUACUAGACCGGGACCGCAGCACCGGGACAAAACAAAUCCUCCACUCAGGAUGGACUGAGGACGACCGCUGGAACAAGAGGAAAGCAACAUGAAGGAACCCCCGCCGACCACCGAGGAGCUGCCCUCUUAUGGAACGUAACAUUUUUUCUCACCGUGUCAGCCAGCUUCAUGCGGCUGAGUAUUCAAGACACUGGCAGGCAGACAGGAAGAGGACGUUAUGGAGUGACUGAGAGAGUCCGAGCACAUGAACAGAUGAGUCACAUCUGAGCGAUAGAUGAGGUAAUAAUGUCUGGGACAGUCUUGUAGCAGACCAUGGAGCUAAUUGCACCAGCAGAGAGGAAAAAAGCGCUGUUUAAAAGGUUGUGACCCUCAUACAUUUAUUUUACCAAUGACAAAACAAUCUCAGGCAGUGGAGAGGCAAUGACCUAAUUCAGAUUAAGUGACCUCACACUGAUAAGUAGCCCGCCUCUUCACUGGGUAAUGGAACUAAAUCACAAAUGGACUCUUAUCACAGAGGCUAGCGUGUGUGAGGUUACAUGAUAUUUUUGUGUGUGUGUGUGUGUGUGUGUGUGUGGAUGGUUUUUUAACUCAAGAGGAGUGAGUUUUGAUGCUACAUGAGGCAAUGUUGCGGCGUGGACUACUAGCCUGGGUCUCCCGUGUUGGGGGUGUGCUGGUGCUCCUGUGCUGUUCCCUGUCACUGCUCUAUGUGAUGACCUGCAGCCCUCCACACUCUGAUGACCCUCCAUUAAGUCACGCGUUACCCCGUGCCGGACCUAAUCACCCCAGCCUAGGGGGCCCGGGGCCAGGGAACGGAGCAGGGGCAGGUGGGGCAGGAGGAGCUGGAGCUGGGCCCGCUCAAAGCGGCGGAUCACCGGGUGUCCAGUCGUACCAGGUGCUCCUCCAAGAGCGCGAGGAGCAGCACCGCCUCCAUAUCUCCUCCUUGAAGAAAGAGAUUGCUCAGCUGAAGGAGGCUUUGCAGGAGCGCAGCCAACAGCUGAAAGGCGUCCAGGAGAGCCUGAAGAGAGCUGCCGGUGGCCCGGCAGAGGGACCAGAAGCCGGGGCCGGGUCCCAGGGAGGCAGUCUCGGGGAUGCUCAGGGACCCAAGAGCCAGCAGGCUGAUCUCCAAGAGUUCCUGAGGAGCCAGCUGUCAAAGGCUGAGGUGACCGCCGGCAUCAGGCUCCCCAGUGAGUAUGCAGUGGUGCCAUUUGAGAGUUUCACCCUGCAGAGGGUGUACCAGCUGGAGAUGGGGCUGACGCGUCACCCAGAGGAGAAGCCAGUGAGGAAGGACAAGAGAGAGGAGCUCGUGGAGGUGCUGGAAACGGCUGUACACAGUCUCAACACACCUACAUCCCAGCAGGACAGCAGGGGUGCAGCGGAAAAGACUAGCAAAGUUUACGCACCAUCUGACUUCAUAGAAGGUAUCACUCGCACAGAGAAGGACAAAGGUACGCUGUACGAGCUGACCUUCCGAGGGGAAUCGAGUAAUGAAUUCAGACGCCUGGUCCUUUUUCGUCCCUUUGGACCGCUGAUGAAGGUGAAAACCGAGAGGGUGGAUACAGCCAACGUCCCAAUCAACAUCAUUGUCCCGCUGUCCAGGCGCACAGACAAGUUCAAACAGUUUAUGCUGAACUUCAGGGAAGUUUGUGUGCGCCAGGACGGACGGGUCCAUCUGACAGUGGUGUAUUUUGGGAAAGAGCAGAUGAGCGAAGUCCGCAGCACUCUGGAGAACACGUCCAGGGAGGUUAAUUUUAAGAACUACACUCUGCUGCAGCUGGACGAGGAGUUUUCUCGGGGACGAGGUCUAGACAUCGGGGCCCGAGCUUGGAAAGGAGGCAACGUGCUGCUUUUCUUCUGCGACGUAGACAUCUACUUCACUGCUGACUUUCUCAACAGCUGCCGACUCAACACGCAGCCUGGUAAAAAGGUUUUCUACCCGGUUUUAUUCAGCCAGUACAACCCCACUCUGAUCUAUGGAAGCCCUGAACACAUCCCACCUGUGGAGCAACAGCUGGUAAUCAAGAAAGACACUGGGUUCUGGAGGGAUUUCGGUUUCGGCAUGACCUGCCAAUACCGGUCCGACUUCAUUAACAUAGGAGGUUUUGACAUUGAUAUCAAAGGCUGGGGUGGUGAGGAUGUCCACCUCUACAGAAAGUACCUGCACAGCAACCUGCUAGUGGUGCGAGCGCCGUCACGAGGCUUGUUCCACCUGUGGCAUGAGAAGCACUGUGCUGACGAGCUGCCUCCGGACCAAUACCGCAUGUGCAUGCAGUCUAAGGCCAUGAACGAGGCCUCACACGGCCAGCUGGGGAUGCUGCUUUUCAGGCAUGAGAUCGAAGCUCAUCUCCGCAAACAGAAGCAACAGCAAAACUCAAAUCCCAAGAAGACAUGAAGACUCAAAGUUGGUUGAAUCAUAAUCACUGCGAUGACUGCAAUCAGUUGAAAGUGAGAAGAUGAACUCAACUGGUUUGAACUACAUCAGAUUUUAAAGGAAUAGUUCAACAUUUUGGAAAAUACACUUAUUUGCUUUCUUGCCAAGAGUUACACAAGAUGAUAGAUUCCACUUUCGUCUCUGUGGAAUUAAAAAUGUGGAGCUAGAGCCAGCAGGUGAUUAGCUUAGCUUAGCAUAAAGGCUAGAAAUAGGGGGAAACACCUAGCCUGACUCUGUCCAACAGAAAAAACUGGCUAACCAGCUGCUGACUGUAACUUAUUUUGUGUACAGAUGUGAGAGCGGUAUCGAUCUUCCUAGAAAGUGAAUAAGUGUAUUUCUGUUCUAACUAUUCCCUUGAUGAAAAAUGUGAAGACUUUCUGACUAACUUUUCAAGGAUUCAAAGCAAGCUGUUGCUCUGUUGUACCUGUGGAAAGGACAACUUUGUAGUCAAAUAAAACUGUUUUAACUGCUUGAAGCAUUUAUUCAACUAUAACAACCAUAGUGGACUUUUAUUUUGCCUGAUACAUCCACCUGUAAUGUAAUGUCCAUUUGUACAUUCCUCUGUAACUGCAGCAAGGCCUUUCAGAGAGAAAACACAGGGCCUAAUUUUGAGCUGUAACAUCUCUAUGAACCAUGUGCCUUGUGUGGAUAAAAAUCUAAACACUGUCUCUUCAUAGUAGCCAGUGAAAAUUUAACCAACCUACAGGUUUUUAUAUGUAAGGGAACAGAGCCGCCUAGUGGAGUGAUAAUGAAUAACAUUUAGGUGAAUAAACAAUGAAGGACUUGCCUGUAAUGGCCUUGUAAAACAUUUCAUUUUUUCUUAUCUUUUUUUUUUUUUGGUUAUAAAUUAUUGCUCAGUAAUCUUAUUUUUGUAUUUAUGCUUGGUAUUAUUUUGUAAACAUGUCUGUCUUUCUUAUUUCAAAUGCAGUAUUAUGUAUGUGGGCCAUUCACCUCUAUGAAUUGAGAAUUGGUGUUUAGUCAAAGAAAAUAUGCCAUAAAUUGCAUUCUCUUAAGAUAUUUGUCAGUAAAAUGUCUCUUUUCUCAAAAGUAUAAGUGCUAAACAUAGGAUUGUUAUAUUUUUUUAAUGGAGAUGAAUUUGUGUUUUUUGUCACAUAAGUAAUUUGUGAAUGGAUGGAUAAAGGAAAAAGUUUUGACUGACAGUAAUACUGUUCACAGUCAUGACACUGACGAUGACUUAAAAAGUCAGAAUAGUCCUUUGAUCUUAAUAUUUUUGUUUCUGUCAAUCAGAUGUGACUCUUAGGUCGUAAAUAAAGUCCAGAGUGCAAUAAUCAAGAGAAAAUGUGACAUUACAUGUAUUACUGAGCAGUCACAGAAACUGAAGAUGUAAGUUCAGAGACAUAAAACCAUCUUUGUCAACUGCUUUGAUGGUUACCUUAUAUUUGUUUCAAUGUAGUCACCCAUAAAUCUUUCUCCAGCACUUCUUCAGUCCUUAGAUGCAAUCAGAACAAUCUGUAUUUUUGGUGGUUGACCAAAGAUGUGAAAAGAGGCACUUUUUGAAUUAUGUUUUUAUUUCAUUCAAAUUAAUUGUAAUAAUACGUCAAGUAACAUUUCAAGUUCUUGUUUUCUAAGUUAUGUUUUCAUUUCAUGUAAAUUAGUUGAAUAAAACAUAUUUGUGCAUUGUA